AUGAGCCCGCCCAGCUCCCAGCCAGAAUUCUCAUGCGAGACGUGCAACCUCCCAUUCCAGCGCAAGGAACACUACCAGCGACACCUGCGCACUCAUACAAAAGAGAAGCCUUUCACAUGCUCCGAAUGUGGACAAAGCUUUGGUCGCGUUGACUCUCUUGCUCGUCAUCAUACAACCCUACAUGUGCCUGCGGACCGUCAAGACAGUCGCGGUCGCCCAAAUGAUCGCCGGCGAGUAUCGCAAGCUUGUAAGCCAUGCAGUGCAUCAAAGGUGAGAUGCGACGGCGAGCAUCCGUGCCAAAGAUGUCGGCAACAAGACAAUGAAUGCUACUACGAGCCUCAUGCGAAGCGAAAGAUGUCUGAGACCAGCUCUGAUAGACCGAACAGCAAACGGAAUCGAGAAAAAGCCCCGGUCAACGUUGAAGUCAUGGAAAGCAUUAGUGUCAAUGUGAAUCGCACGAAUUCACCGCUCUCACCGCCUGCCACCGUGCAAGACAAGGUCUCGAAUAAUACCAACUAUGCCCAACACUACAUUUCUCCAGCUCAUGAUCAAUUCAUUCCCGACGACGCCAAUACCAAUGUCCAAGCUAUCGAUCCCCAGCUUGAUGCUCAGCAUAUCUCAUCUUUCGGACCUGAAAAUCAUCAACAUGGCCCCAAUGAUAUGCUCUUUGAUACCGACGAUAUAUUGGCAAACUUCAACUCUGCCGAUAUAAUGCCAGCGCCAUUACCAUCUAUGUUAUUCGGUGAUAACUUCAACACUAACGGAUGGCUUAACUACGGCUCCGAUCAAUCGUUUGCGCCUCUCUUUCUCCAAAACGAUUCAUCUCUCGACGUCAUAAACGAACUUUGGUUCGACCACGCAGGUUUCAAGGCUCCUCAGCAACAAAUUGUCUCACAACUUACACCAGCCUCUUCCUUGGUCGAUCAAUCAGCUGUGGCAGAGCUAUAUAGCCGCAGCCACUCCCCCGCCAUUGAUAGGGAUGCGGUUGAGCCUAGGGAAUAUGUCGCUGUGUCGAUUGAGCUAGACGCGCAGCUCAACUUUCCAGACCUGUCUCAUUUAACGGCUGAGGACGUCGAUCAUGAGAAUUUGGCACAUGUAGACGAUAUAUCCGAGGAAGUGGCCAAGAAUGUGGCGGAGGCAGCAGCAGAGAUACAAAAUGGUUGCAAUUUCCCGCAUUUUAGGAACUUGUCCAUUCCGCCCACGCCAGUGUUGAACGCUUGGGUCCAGCUGUACUUUGAGUACUUUCACCCGGUCAUGCCUAUUCUGCACAAGUCGACCUUCUCGUCGUCUAAGCGGCAUUGGUUACUCAUAUUUACGGUGGCCGCUAUCGGUGCGCACUUUUCGAACAUCAAAGAUGCGCAGGCGUGCUCAAGGGCAAUGCAUGAGACUAUUCGGCGACAAUGCUCGACCAUGUGUGAACGGCAGAAUUCUAAUGGCAGAGAGCUGUGGAUGUCACAGACUAUUCUGCUAAACCAUAUCGGCCUCCUCUAUGGUGGUGAACGGAGGUCUCUAGAGAUCGGCGAAUUCCUGCAAGCUCUGCCUGUAACUCUCGGACGACGAAAGCGUCUCUUUACAACCAUGUUCCCCGUUGACAAGUUUGCUCAGCUUCAGUUGCCGCACGCUCAGAAAUGGCAAAUCUGGUUGCUGGAUGAAGAGCGUCGACGGGCAGGCUUUGCCAUCUGGCUUCUGGAUUCUGCAUUCAGCUCGCACUUUGACCUUACGAGCCUUAUGAGAUUAUCUGAACUGCAGAUAUCCCUGCCUCAGCCGGAUGAUCGCUGGGGUGCAUCGACGGCCCAAUGCUGGGCCAACUUCCCUGCAGUUGAAAACACCGGAUCUGGUGGACUUCCGACGAUGGAGCGCGUCGUCUCGGAAGAUAGUUGGCGACCCGUAUGGUCGAAAACAAACACCUUGGGUAAACAGGUUAUGCUGCAGCAUCUCACCAAUGUCAUAAAGGAUAGGAGUGCCGACCAACCUGGUACCCCGGGCUUCUCGUAUCACGACAAACUACUCGCGUCGAAUGUCUUGACUGAUCUUCUGAAUCUGAUUGAGGCCGACCAGAUUGAGCAAUCUGUUGAUGAAGCGAAGGCUUCAACAACGCACAAGAUCAUGGGACUGACAGCUUUGAUGACGCACCAUACGCCAGUGCAGAGCCUCCUUCCGAUGAUUAUUCGAUGUAUAUAUGGAAAGCUCGAAGAUAAAGACUGGGAAGCGAUUAGCGAUCGCUGGAGAGGAGCUUCCGGGCAAGGAAGGCUUGGAUGCUUCUACGCCGCACGUAUCCUUCAUGUCGUGCGAUCAAGCCGGUCAUCGCACUUCGGUACACCAGUGUCGCUUCUCCACGCCGUUUUGGUGCUGUGGCUUUACUCAACACUCGCUGAAAGGUACUGUGACGGGUUUUUGUUCUCGCGCGCGGCUCCAGCUGUGGUGCUUGGCCCGAAACCCCUGGACCAAAUGGAGACCAACUCGUGGAUCGAGAUGGGGUGGAGCCGAGUCAAGUUACCGGGCAUCGGGAAUCUGCUUUGUGCAGAUGGCAGAACUAAGCUGUUGGACGACGCGGUUGUUCUUAUGAGAUCAUUGAAGGGCUGGGGAAUCAGUAUUGCGUAUGCUCAAAUAUUGGUGCGGCUGCGAGCUAGCGAGACGUCUAACACGAUCCAUGGCUGA